AGCUCAGCGUCAGUCUGCUGCUGGCUUCAGGUUUUGCUCCUUCAAAGUCUUCUGGAUCAGAUUUCGUAGAAAACCUCUGAAACAUGUUCUGUAAUGAAGAUGGAAUUCCUUCUGCAGGAACUGUAAAUAGAGGAAUUGGAAAAACAUGAGAUAUGUCUGGGAGGUACUGAGUCAUAUGAAACAGUCGUCCUGUCUCACCGUCAUCUCUUCAGUGGUCUCAGUAUGGAUGCCUGGUUGGUCUGCAGCACUCUGGGUCUGCUGUUGUCUCUUACAGGAGCAGCUCUCGGCUCCGGAGACGACGGCUGGUCCAUGAAGGUGCACUCGGAGGUGCGGGGCAUCGAGGGCUACCCGGUGGUGCUGCCCUGCACCUUCAGCCACCCCCAGCACUCCCAGCAUUCCUCCCUGCAGGUGUUAUGGCGUCUGGGCCACGGCGCCGGCGCCACCGUCCUGUACCGCUGCACCAGCCGGCCCGGGACGCCCACCUGUGAGCCGGGCCCACAGCAGGACCAGCGCUACCGACUGGAGGGGAACCCGAGGCAGCACGACCUAUCGCUGCGCAUCAACGGCGCCACCCUGCAGGACAGCGGGCGCUACUACUGCCGGGUGGAGGUCCAGGGACGAGAACACGUCAGCUUCGAGGACAAGAUGGGGACCAGGCUCAGAGUAGAGGCUCCCCCAAAGAUCCUGACCCUGGCGGUGGAGGGCAGUGAGCAGUCCGGCUACACAGCUCUGUGCCGCGUUCAGGGCUCCCCAGUGCCCGACGUCCAGUGGCUCGGCCCGGACGACUUGCUGGAGGGCGCCCUGGUCGGGCCUCUUUCUCAGGGCUCCUCCGCUCACUUCCACACCGUCAGCCAGCUGAGGGACGUGGAACCGGGGCAGCAGUACACCUGCAGCGCCUCCAACCCGCUGGGCAAAGAGCAGGCCACCCUGUACGUCCUGCCUCCGCGGCCUCCCAUGUCCAUGACCGGAGCCUCGCCUCCCCUGCUCCUCCUCCUGUCGCUGUCUCUGGGCGCUAAAGUUCUGCUGCUGGUGGGGAUGGGGGUUUGGGUGGUGCAGGGAGGAGCUCUGCAGGGGGUCAGCUGCUGGGCCAAAUAGCCUGCAACACUUUAUAUUCAGCGCAUAGAUGUGUGCUUCAUGACAGAAUAUAAUGUAGCUGUGAGCUGUUGUUUCAUGUGUGUAAUAAUAUAAAUAUAUUUUCAUAUGCUAGGAAGAAUGAUGGCUCUUCAGAAAGCUCUCUGGUUCUUCAAAGCGCCACCACCAUUUGGAGAACCUCUUCAAUUAGAUGCUUCUUUAUGUGGUUCCUUUAAGCACUAAAAAUUAUUUGGUUCAAUUGGCAGACAUUCACAGAAAAUUACAGCUGCAACUGACAAUUAUUUUUAUUAUUGUUGAGUCAUUGGGCAAAAAAAAAAAACAGCAGAAAAAAGUGAGAAACUUCCAUCAUAGUUUCCUAAAUCCCACAUAUUUCAUGUGGUUCUUUAAAGGACUAAAGGUUCUUCAUUUAUAUUAGAUUUAUUUGGUUUGAUGCCAUGUAAAAGCAUAAGAGUAAAACGGCAACUAACAAUUAUUUUAUCUACCAUUAAAUCAUUUAACUAAUCAAACACUAGAAAAUGGUGACAAACUUCCAUCAUGGUUUCCUGAAGCCCACAGACUUUCUGUGGUUCUUUAACCUGUUGUCUUCAUUUAUGGGCACCAAAAAAUAUUUCCUUGUCUGAAAAAAAACCAACAAAAAUUCAGCAAAAAAUCACUCAAAUUUUUUGCAAAUUUGCAAAACCUUCAGGAAGAAAAUUCCAAUAAUUCCUUAAAAGUUUCCCUUAAAAUUUUUAUUUUAAAAAAUCCCCCAAAUUUGGCGAAACAAUUCUUGUAAAUAUUUUCAAAAAAUCAGUAAAAAUCUUCCAAAAAUGAGUAAAAAAUAUGUAGAGUAAUUACAUACAUAACAGUAAAACUUCCAAUAUUUUCUUAAGAACAUUGACAAAAAAAUCAACCAAA